GUUCAUAUUACACGUUUCAUGGAAAUUGGGUCUUUUGCAUUUCAUUCCUCUGAAGGUCUUUCUUAUAACAACGGCGGCGAAUUUUCUUGGUUUGAGGAUAUGGAAAAUGGGUUCAAUGGGAAUGGCAAGAAAAGGGGUAGAAAAGAUAGCGAAGAAUCCUUGGUGAAUGAAGAACUGGAGAAGAACGGGUCUAGAGAUGUACUUUCUUCGAUUUUGUUGUUGGAUGAUGGAGCAAAACAAGAACAACAUCAAUGGUUAACUGAUCCUAAUCCAGAAAGAGCAAGUUUCGAAGCUAAUUACAAGAAUGAAGUUCAAGAAAUGAAUGAUUAUUUCGAUCAGAUUCAAAGCCAUCACGCUGAAAUGAAUGAAUUGGAUGAUUCCAGAAACAAACGCGCUUGUAAAUCCAGUUCACCUGCUGCUAGUACUGCCACGGCAGCGGUGGUUUCAGCUGGUAAUUCAGACAAUGAGGGACCAUCGCAUUCCGGCGGCGGAUCGGGACACCAUAAGCGGUUAUGGGUAAAAGAUCGAUCAAAGGACUGGUGGGAUAAAUUUAAUCACCCGGAUUUCUCAGAUGAGGAGUUCAAACGCGCCUUUCGGAUGAGCAAAGCGACGUUCAAUAUGAUCUGCGAGGAGUUGGAACCGGCGGUGAUGAAAAAGAACACGAUGCUCCGGGACGCCAUCCCGGUUCGUCAACGUGUCGCAGUCUGUAUUUGGCGGCUGGCAACCGGCGAACCGCUUCGGAUGGUGUCGAACCGGUUUGGGCUGGGGAUUUCAACUUGCCAUAAACUAGUGCUGGAGGUCUGCAACGCCAUUAGAACCGUCUUAAUGCCCAAAUUCGUCCAAUGGCCCGACGACAACAAGAUGAAGAAAAUCAAAGACGAAUACGAAUCCGCCACCGGGAUCCCAAACAUCGGUGGCGCAAUCUACACCACCCACCUCCCGAUCAUCGCACCAAAAGCCAACGCCGCCGCAUAUUUCAACAAAAAACACACGGAAAGAAGCCAAAAAAACUCGUAUUCAAUCACCCUUCAAGGAAUCGUCGACAAAAACGGCGUCUUCAGCGACGUCUGCAUCGGGUGGCCGGGUUCGAUGUCGGACGAACAAAUUCUAGAGAAAUCGGCGUUUUACCAGAGUGCGACAGAGGGACACGUGAAGGAUACUUGGGUGGUGGGGAGCAAAGCGUAUCCAUUGAUGGACUGGAUUUUGGUACCUUACAGUCAUCAAAAUGUAACAUGGGCUCAACACGCACUGAAUGAGAAAAUCGGAGAGAUUGAAAAAGUGGGUAAAGAAGCAUUCGGGAGAUUGAAAGGGAGAUGGUCUUGUUUGCAGAAGAGAAGCGAAGUUAAGCUUCAAGAAUUGCUGGUCGUUCUUGGAGCUUGCUGCGUUUUGCACAAUAUUUGUGAGAUUAGGAAUGAAGAAAUGGAAGGUGGGCUUAACUUUGAGGUUUUUGACGAUGAAGUCAUCCCAGAGAAUAAUCUCAGAUCUACGUCUGCCGUACAAGCUAGGGAUCACAUCGCCCACAAUUUGCUUCACCAUGGCCUUGCUGGCACUGCUUUUCUAUAGUACUUUCAUUCAUGUUUCUGCGUUAAUAAAUCAUUUUUACGGAUUACG